GGCCAUAUUUGCGGAACAAUAGGCGAGGUCACGAACCGCCAUAAGACGGUUGAAUGUUUUUAACAGCGUGUAACAAUUUGAAAAUGACCAGCUAUAUACGUAUAUUUCCCUUUUCUGAAGAAUAAAAUCAGUAUACAGUCAUUUAUUCUCGUUUAUCGAGCUAUCAAUGUGUUAAUUUAUUCUGUAAUUAAAUUGCGAGAAGCUGUUUCUUUAAAGGUUGUCAUAUUGUGAUAGACAGAUAAUAAAGCCACCAUGGGGAAGCUACUGUCCAAAAUAUUUGGAAAUAAAGAAAUGCGGAUUUUGAUGCUGGGAUUAGAUGCAGCAGGAAAAACUACUAUUUUAUAUAAGCUCAAGUUGGGCCAGUCAGUGACUACUAUACCCACAGUAGGCUUCAAUGUAGAAACAGUCAACUAUAAAAAUGUCAAAUUUAGUGUAUGGGAUGUUGGUGGUCAAGACAAGAUCCGGCCACUGUGGCGACACUACUACACUGGCACACAGGGCCUCAUCUUCGUGGUGGACUGCGCGGACAGGGACCGGAUAGAUGAGGCACGGCAGGAACUUCACCGAAUCAUUAACGAUCGCGAGAUGAGGGAGUCACUAGUGCUAGUGUUUGCCAACAAACAGGAUUUACCAGACGCCAUGAAACCUCAUGAAAUACAAGAGAAGUUGGGACUGACGCGUAUACGAGAUAGGAACUGGUAUGUUCAGCCCGCAUGUGCCACAACAGGCGAUGGACUUUACGAGGGCUUGACGUGGUUAACCUCAAACUGCAAAUCUUGAUUAGCUUCCUUGUAAAUAGGUGUCCAGGGCUGUGUAUAUAGGACAACUUUUAUACAUUCUAUGUUGAAUGAUGUCUAAAGUCAAUGGAACCGAAAAAGGGUCAUUAGUUAUAUAUGGAGCAAUGGAAAAAUGAAAUGACAGCAUCAUUUUUCAACCUAUUACAGUGAUACAGCUAUUAACAUGUAAAACAGAUGUGUAUGAUAACAUUGUAUCUAAAAUACAGUGUGCAUUUAGUCACUUGAAGUAGAAGAAAAUGUAUUUUAAUUGUCUGAUAAAAUAUACACCAAACUUCCACGAACUGAAGUGCUUUGUAGUUUCAGCUAUAUACUCAGCUUCGUUUGACAGCAUGGGUGGUACCAUUGUGUCUGUUUGUGAACAUGUCGCUUGAAUGAUGUGUACUUCUCGCUGUAAUGUGCAAUCAUCGUAUAAGUGGUGAAAAUGGUCGGCAAAGGGCUAACUAACAAGAGCAUUCCAUACAACCUGUUGUUUUCUAUAGAAACUUAUGAAGUGGACAGUGCACAUUACUUUGGGCAGAGUGCUUACAGAUUUUAUCAAAUUGUUUUAAUGGCUUCAGUCGAAUUUGUGCCCUUUGUUGACACAAACAUGCAUAUAAGCUGAAAGUUUUGUUGAUUUACUGAUUUCCAAAAUAUUUGAAAACACUUUUGUAAGAAAUAUUGAAUUGAAUGGAUACAGCAUAAAAAAUUUUUUAAUAUAAAAUGUGACUUUUUUAGUAACUGGCUGCUCUAAAUAUCUUACUAUGUUUGCUUUCCUAUUAAAAAAAAAACAAAUAAGCUUGUUAUGGCUUAUCUUCAGACUCUGAACCUUAAUGUUUACAAUCAUAUGAUUUCCUUUAUAGUGUGAUAUUGUUAUCCUGUUGAUGUACAUGUACAACUUCAAUACAAUUUAAUGAAAUCUAAAUUGCAUUUAAAUUUAGCCUGAGAAUUAUUCUAUGGUGGCUUUCCAUAUCGCUUAAAGUAGCAAAUGCCUCUUUAACCAUUACAGUCAACUGUACUUCAAUACUGCUGCUACAUGUUAAUAUGCAAGUGUUAUGUAAAAGUGAAAUGUCAAGUAUUUGUUGUAAGAUCGAUGGCGUUCAGAGACUGUCUUUGCAGUCCUGGUGUUCCCUUGUAAAGCAUUUUGAAAGUGAAGACAAAACUUUAUGAAAAUAUAUACCUACUUCUUAUCUUUUUCUUGUGUGUUUUUUAUGCCCCCGAAGGAGGGCAUAUAGUGAUCGGACUGUCCGUCACACUCUGCGUUUAGGUUUUGAAAAAUGUUCAUAACUUCUAUGUCGCUUCAGAUAGCAAUUUCAUAUUUGGCAUGCAUGUGUAUAUGGACAAGGCCUUUCCAUACGCACACAAAUUUCGACCCCUGUGACCUUGAACUUGGGGUCCGUGUUUAGGUUUCGAAAUCUGCGUUUAGGUUUAGAAAAAAGCUCAUAACUUCUAUCAAGCGUUUAUAGGGGGCAUAAGUCAUCCUAUGGUGACGGCUCUUGUUUUUUGUUAACCUGUAUUGAGCUGAUCGGAUUUUAUACAGAGUUAAACUAACAACAUAAUCAUGAAUGCUCGCUCAAAAUGAAGGUCACCACUUCAAGGUGAACAAAUUCUUAAUGGGAAUAGUGUUUCUUGGACUGCAUUGUUUACAUAAAGUUUUACAGUUUCUUAGUUGUUGGUGUUGUAAUUUGAUUCAAAGUCAAAAUAUAGGGUAUUGCUUGUUUGUUCUGUUUUGUGAAUAUGACUGACACUUAAGUUUUCUUGAGUUAAAAAGUAGGUACAGCAUGAUGAUUUUAAUAUAAACAUAAGUCUAAUAUUUUACUUCUUCAGAUAUGGCUUUGAGAUUUAAUUCAUGUAUGCAUAUAAAUUAUUUAUUAUAUUUUCCCUUAUACAUACUCGUGUAAUCAGUGUACUGGUCAAGUUUGAUCAAUGUGUAUUGUAUGUUAACAAAUGUAAAGUAAAGGUUGUAUGGGUAAUUAGAAUGAGCAUGAGCAAAAUAGAUACAUAUAUUGUUUUUCAUAUUCUUGUAUUCCUUUUUUUAGCCCAUUUUUAAUGCUUUUUUUGCCAAAUUAAUGAAUUUUCUGGUUCUGUGAUGAAUUAUUUGGUUGCAAAUUAACAGUACAUGUAACACCAAUGAUGUGAUUUGGAAAUUCAUUUCUCAUAAUAUUGUAAGCAUUUAUUGUUUACAAAUGCCACCAGUAUUUGGAUAAAUUAAAGGAAUUCGAUGAAUAAGAAUUCAAGAGGUAAGAUUUUUCAGAACCUUUUACUUUCAUUUGGGUGCUUUCUACUUUAGAUUCUUGUAUCAGCUGCAGAAGGCUUGUGUCUAUCCUCAACUUAUUCCACAUGAUUUUAAUAAAAUAUCUUCAUGUUCUAACAUUCAUUAUGCUAUAUGUGUUAUAAAUAGGAUAAUUUGUACAUAAUUGCUAUGAUCUUAUUUAUGUUUGAAUGUCUGACAUCACUAAAGAUGUUCUUAUAAAACAACUCUAUUGAAAAAAAAGUAUAAAAGAAACAAUGAUUUCCAAAAAGUUCAUUUUGCAAAACAAAUUUGUGUCCAAAAUUGCAGUAUCCAAGGUUAGGUUUCUUUGGAUUGCUUGGAUGUAAAUGUGUCAUGCUGUUUGUAGUCAUGUAUGUACUUGUUGAAUUGUUAAUGUAUUUUGCAUUUGUUACUUUAUUUUAUUAUCAUUAAAAGUAUUAAUGUUGUCACAAAUAAUGAUUUUUCAGGCCCCUGCAUGUUGUAAUUAUUUUUAGUAUACUUUUUAUUAUAUAUUAAGGGUUCAUUGAAUUUUAUAGAGGAAUCUUUGCCAUAUUGAAUAAAAAAUUCAAGAGUUUUAAGAUAUUUGCUGAUAUCAUUAAAAUCUAGUUUAUAUACCAUGUGUUUGUUAAUCCAUCUGGAAAUUGUGUCUUAUUUUAACUUUUUACCAAACAUACAAUACACAUUUAUUUGUGUUCUAAAGUAUUUAAAAAAAAAUAUUUAGUGCUUAUAAUUGAUAAACAAAAUGUAUAAAUAGCUCUUUUCAAAAACUCUAUUUUAUAUAUUAUAACAUAUAAACUCUUGUUUAUUUUUAUUUGUUUAAAUUGUUCCUAUGAAAAAACGCUUUUGCAUAUGUGAAAACACUUGUUCACAUAUGAAAAAUACCUUUUUAAUAUGUUUGAAAACUGGUAAUAAUGUGUGCAACAAUGUCAUAAAGCUUGGAUGUUUUUUUUAUUAGCUAAUUAGAUCAAAAUACAUGUAGUUAAAUGACAUUGAUUACUUUGCUCUUUAAGAUCGAAAGUUUAUUUGGUCUGUGUAGAAAAACAUAAAGUUACUAGAACAUACAUGGUAUUAUUUGUUACUGCUUAUUAAAAGGGCGUGUCAACAGUUAUUGACAAAAUUGUGAAUGCCUAUUUAAACUUACCAUUUUUGUGAUACCGUAUGUUAUAUUUGUAUACAUUUCAUUAUCUGUCGCUCACAAGUGUCAUUUAAGAGAAAUGUAAAAACAAAAAAGAAUAUUUGUGAUUGUUAAUUAUUAAAAUCAAUAGGACACUUGUAAAUUAAAUAGUCAAUGCACAGUUGACAUGCCCCUUUAGUUUCUUCAUAUAUAUGCAAUGGUUUAUUAUGCCCCCAAAGGGUGGCAUUGGUCAUUACUGUUGCGAUAUUGAAGAUAGCAACUUGAUAUUUGGCAUGCAUGCGUGUCUCAUGGAGCUGCACAUUUUGAGUGGUGAAAGGUCAAGGUCAUCCUUCAAGGUCAAAUAUAUGGCUUCAAAGCGGCGCAGAAGGGGGCAUUGUGUUUCUGACAAACACAUCUCUUGUGGAAAAUGCUUUGACAGUUUCUCUCUUAUAAACCAUUCUAAACGAUCUUAUUUUUGAGCAGAUAUAAUGAGUACACUAUAUGCUAGAUUUUAAAAUAAUUGUGCUCAAUUAUGUGUAUAUCAUGUUCUUAAGAGUCAGUGUAAAAUGUACAUUGCCAUUUAUCAGUUAUUGUAGAGUACUGUAUCAUACGUGCUUGUAGAAACCGUAUUAAAUGAGAAAUUGCUGUGAAAUUUAAGAAUCUAAUAAACUGUUUUAUGAGGAAUCUAUAUUUGGCUGUAUGAAAUGAAACAAAUAGUUGUAAAUGUUCAUUGCUACUAACAGUUGUGCAGCAGUCAUAGAUUUUUUGGGUUUUAACGCCAAUGCAAUAUUUUUAAAUUCAAUGAAGUUAUCGUCAGAUUUUAGCUAGGUUACAUUAUACUAGGAAUAGAUCAGAAGAAAUCUUAUAUUUUCAUGUUAGUAUUUAUUUGGAGAAAUAGUAAAACCUGUUUCGAAAUUCAUGCAAGACAUCUACAUUACCUCAUAUGGCUUUGAUAAGUAAGGAAAUUAAAGUUUAAAAUAAGUAGACUUAUCAGUAAAUAAGUAGACAAAAUUGCAACAUCUCACUUUCUUAUUUGUCUCUUGUAAUUGACCUUAGACAGCUUUGUAUUAAUUGGAAUUUUAAGGUUUGAAAAUUGUAUAUACUAUGAAUUUAUUUGCAACUAAGCUUAUUUGAGUUUUGUGAUAAUCUUGGAUAUUCCCUUUUUUUACUGUGUUUACAUUUUAACUUAGUUGAUAUACUUUCCUCUUGACGGAUUAUUUUCCUAAACAAAACUCCAUUUAGUUUGAUAAUAAGGCUCUUAAAAUGGUUGGUAUUCAGGUUUUGUUCUUCAUUUGUAAGAAUUUUUGUUUAGCGUUUCUAAUGGUGCAACUUUAACAUUGUAUGCACCCAAAACAGAUGUAACCUUCUCUUGUUAAUAUAUGCAAAUAAAGAAUCAAAUAAAAA